AUGGGAGUUCCUGCCUUUUACCGGUGGCUGGCCGAUCGGUACCCGCUGUGUAUUGUGGACGUGGUGGAGGAAGAGCCGAGAACGAACGAAAAUGGCGUGCCUCUACCCGUCGACGUAUCAAGACCAAACCCCAAUGGAAUUGAGUUCGACAAUCUUUAUCUGGACAUGAAUGGAAUCAUCCAUCCGUGUUUUCACCCGGAAGGCAAGUCUGCACCCGCCACUUAUGACGACGUAUUUAAAUCUAUCUUUGAUUACAUUGACCAUCUGGUGUCAUUGGUUCGUCCAAGAAAGCUCCUUUAUAUGGCCAUUGAUGGGGUGGCUCCUAGGGCUAAAAUGAACCAGCAAAGAUCUCGUCGUUUCAGGGCUGCUAAGGAUGCUGCAGCCGCUGAAGCUGAAGAAGAAAGUUUGAGGAGAGACUUCGAAAUGCAGGGUGAAAAACUAUUGCCUAAAGAAAAGACUGAGACAUCCGAUUCCAAUGUGAUCACCCCUGGCACUCCAUUUAUGGCAGUACUAUCUGUUGCUCUUCAAUAUUAUGUACAAAGUAGGUUGAAUCACUUUCCUGGAUGGCGUUUUCUCAAGGUAAUUCUUUCUGAUGCAAAUGUUCCUGGUGAGGGCGAGCACAAAAUAAUGUCCUAUAUCCGUUUACAACGCAACCUUCCUGGUUUUGAUCCAAAUACCAGGCACUGUCUGUAUGGUCUGGAUGCCGACCUGAUCAUGCUUUCACUGGCCACACAUGAAGUUCACUUCUCAAUACUGAGGGAGGUUAUCAAUCCUCCCGGGCAGCAGGAAAAGUGUUUCCUCUGUGGUCAAGUUGGUCAUUUCGCUGCUGACUGUCGUGGGAAUGAUUGUGAUCAAGAAGCUAGUGGGAAGCUUUUAGAUGAUACCCCAAUUUAUAAGAAGAAGUAUCAGUUUCUCAACAUCUGGGUUUUGCGAGAAUAUUUGGGGUAUGAAAUGGAUAUCCCAAACCCACCAUUUGAAAUUGAGUUUGAGAAGCUGGUGGAUGACUUUGUAUUUCUGUGUUUUUUUGUCGGCAAUGACUUUCUUCCUCAUAUGCCCACUCUGGAAAUUAGAGAGGGUGCUAUAAAUUUGCUCAUGUCUGUGUAUAGAAAGGAAUUCACAGCAAUGGGUGGGUAUCUUACUGAUGCUGGUGAGGUAUUCUUGGACCGAGUCGAACACUUUGUCCAGGCAGUUGCAGUGCACGAAGAUCAAAUCUUUAAAAAGAGAACACGCAUACAGCAGGCUUAUGAGUAUAAUGAAGAGAUGAAACUCAAAGCAAGAGGGGAGGAGAAGCCAGAGCAGCAGACUUUGGCCGUAGACAAGGUGAAGUUGGGGGAGCCUGGAUAUAAGGAAAGAUAUUAUUCUGAGAAAUUUUGUGUAUCGCAACCAGAGAAGAUCGAUGAAGUUAGAUCGGACGUGGUGUUGAAGUAUGUGGAAGGCUUGUGUUGGGUUUGUCGCUAUUACUACCAGGGUGUUUGCUCAUGGCAAUGGUACUAUUCGUAUCAUUAUGCUCCCUUUGCAUCAGAUCUCAAGGGCUUAGCUGAUUUAGAAAUAACUUUUUUCCCUGGGGAGCCAUUUAAACCCUUUGAUCAGCUACUAGGAACCCUACCUGCUGCAAGUUCUGCUGCUCUUCCCGAAAGAUACAGAGAGUUGAUGACUGAUCCUGCAUCACCAAUUUUUCAUUUCUAUCCAACUGAUUUUGAAAUAGACAUGAAUGGAAAGCGGUUUGCUUGGCAGGGUGUGGCCAAAUUGCCUUUCAUUGACGAGAAGAAGUUGCUUACCGAGACAAAGAGGCUUGAGGAUACCUUGACGGAGGAAGAGCAAUUCCGAAAUAGUUUCAUGUUCGAUUUGCUCUAUGUGUCUCCUCAUCAUGCUUUGGCUCCUCAAAUUUAUCUUUACUAUCGUCUUUGUAAUGGUAAAAAUUUACUGUGGGCAAUUGACACCUAUGCGAGUGGUGGGAUGAAUGGAUUCAUGUGGUUGACCAGGAGAAAUGGCUUGAAACCAGUGAUACCUUCUCCAGUCAACGGAUUGGAAGACAUCAUGAACAAUCAAGUUCUAAAUAUCACGUAUUUUAAUCCAGCCCCACAUGCUCACAUUCCGAAGCCCCCUGAAGGUGUAAAUAUGCCUGAUAAGAUCUUAAGACCUACUGACAUAAAACCACUCCCAACAUUAUGGCACGAAGAUAAUGGUGGAAGGAACCAGUUCGGGAGGCAAAGACCACAGGUAUCUGGCACUUUAUCUGGUCCUGUAUUGGGUGAAGCUGCUUAUCGUCUAGUUCAUAAUACACUUAACAUCAAGUCAGAGAGAACCCACCCACGUAGCUUUCAGGGGAAUCAUGUCGUAAAUAAGACGAGACCAGCUGGGCCACCGGGCUAUGAAAGGGGUGUUUACUCAUCAAACCAAUACGACUCGUACAGGCAAAGAGCAGCCGGACAGUCAUAUGAUAGGGGAGCUGGCCGAUAUGGCUACAAUGAACAAGGAUAUAAUUAUGAGGAUCCGAAUUCUCAUUAUGGAAAUUACGGUUCUCGUUUUCAAAUGGGUACAGCUGCUAGUAGUUAUGGUGCCUACCCAAACAAUAUGCAAGGCAAUUACAACGUUGGUUAUAAUACGGAAAAUAGAUAUGAUCAUGAACUAAGAAAUGGCAUGUCGGCUUUGACCAUAGAAAGUGGUUCUAGAAAUAGGCCACGUGCAGCAUUAACUUCUAGAUCAUCUCAAGUGAUUCCUCAAUCUGUGGUGAAUGCUGACUCACCUCCUACACCACCUCCUAAAUGGAUUGGGAGACCUGCAGUCGGGAGUUCUGUGAUUUAUCCUAGACAGCAACAGAUUUCAGCAGGUACAGGACAGGAGAGGCAGGUGAAGUUGGUAUACCAGGUGAAAAAUAAGUCGACACGAAGUCUAGUGGAGGAUUCAGAGCUCGAGCAGUGA